CCGCCUUUCACGGCCGCCUGCGGCUCGUGCGCAGUGAGCCAGGCCGCGGGCAAUGCUGCUGAGGAGGGUAACAGGGGGAGGCCGGGCGGUGAUUGCCGCUAUCCUCGGCAGGUGGCCGCUGUCCAGCUGGGACUGGUGCCAAAAGCUUCCUGGAGGCGGCAACAUUCUUCACAGGAUCCAAGUCCGUGAAGCCCACAGAGAGUUUGGGAAGAACCAUGUGGAAGUGGGGUCCCAAGCAGGUGCAGCGGGCACCAGACAGCCCAAGUCCUCCCUGCCAGGUGGGGGCCCCUCAGGACCCCUGUCCCCACCACCACCUGAGCUCCAGCCGCCCACCAACUGCUGCAUGAGCGGCUGCCCCAACUGUGUGUGGGUGGAGUAUGCAGAUGCGCUGCUGCAGCACUGCCAGGACGGUGGGGAGCAGGCCCUGGCUGCCCUGGAGGAGCACGUGACUGAUGAGAACCUCAAGGCCUUCCUCCGGAUGGAGAUCCAGCUCCGCAUUAGGAGAGGAGGCUGAGCCACCUGGCCAGACACCCUCACCCUGACACACUCAGAAUCCCGCACCACCACCUUUAUCCACGGCCCGUUCGUGCUGCUGGUGUCGGCAGGAGUAGGAAGAGUUGUUCAUUGACUUUGCCUGAGAAUAAAUACAUUCUCUGUGGUGGUUAGACAGCA